AUGUCCGAAGCUGCACAGCUGGCCCAUCACCGCAUCAUCCAGUCAUUGUACAGGCGGUCGCUCAAGACAGCCCAGGACUGGUACGUCGAUACAAACCUCUUUCGCAGGAAAGCAGUUGUGCUCUGGAUGCAAUUCGAUGCCAACAGGAACGUCCGUCACCCUCGCCAGCUUGCAUCACUUCUUCAGGAAACUGAACGCCAAUUGACAGAGCUCCAUCACCCUGACCCUUAUAUUGCUCCCACUGCUCCUGGAGGAACCAAGUUCGAGCGCAACAUCCACCCCGACACCGCCGAGCCCCAUGCUGUUCACUAA